AUGUUUAUCAGGAAUGAAUUGAAGCCUGUACUUUAAAGUAGUGAUUUGUUUCUUUCAACAAAUAAAUCUGUUAGUCAAGAGAAAAUAUCACAGGAGUAGACAACAUAAUAAUCAUCCAAGAAGCGAUCAUUGCUUAAAUAAAAAAAUAAUCUCGUACCACUUACUGAUAGGUUUGAAAUAAGAAAAUGUUAUUAUAAUGGAUAGCAAAAUGAGGAGUUAAAACAAUAGGAACAUAGAUUACAUAAUUCUCUAUAAAAAAAUAAAAUAAAUUUGUUACCAAAACUAGAUUAUUUGGAUUCAGAUAAGAGUUUAUAUCAAACUGUUAUAGAAAUAUUUCCAACAGAUCAUCCAAUUUGGAGUGAUUUAGUUUAAAAAUCCUAGACUAUAGAAGAAGUUAUUGAAUCAAACCCAGCCUUUUUUCUAGGGAUUAUGAGUAAUUUUAUACAUUUUAUUAUAAGCUCUUUAUGUAUAACAAUCUAAAUUGUAAGCACUUAAAAAUUAAAUUCAAUAAAAAGCUAUUUAAAGUUAAUACCAAUAAGAUUAUCAAAAUGUGAAUCUAGGAAACUAAGAUGUUCUAUUGGAUUAAUCAAAAGCUCAUGGUUAAAUGUGGAGUAAAAAUCUUAAAUAAUUAUACACUGAAAGUGUCUAUAAUGUAUCUAAUAUAUAUUUAUAAAAAGUCCCAAUAUCUACCAUUUAAGUUAGAAAAAUAAUUAAAAUCUCCAAAAAAAGAUUUUAAUCCUAAUUUGAGUCAAUCAUCUUAUUUAUCUACUUACAGAUCAUAAUUUUAAAAUUGGAAACCUAAAUAUCCUGGAAAAAUGACAAGAGAUACAUCCUCAGUUGAACCAUCCAAUUUGCCAUUUAUUUCGGAAAGUAGUUAUGCUCGAGAAUUUAAAAAUGUAAAGACUGAAAGAUCUCCUUUAUAAAAAAUAACAAAAUUGUAUGUAAUUAAAUUUUAAUCAGAGGACCCUUUGCUGAAAAUCCUGAGUAAUUAGUCAAAUAAAGUACAUCUUCGUAUUACUAAUAAUAAUAAUGUAGUAGAAUUCCUUCAAAAUUAAUGCGUCCAAUAAGUCCAAAAUUAUUCAAUGCUAGUUUUGAAGGAUAAUAUACAACAGAAUUUAAUAAGUAAAAUUAAAUACUAUUUAAGAUCUUAUCACAUAAAUUCAGAUCAAGAAUCUUCAUUUGCAAAUAGAUUUUAUGAAAGCAAUUCUGUAAAGAAAAUCUUCGAUAGAAAAUUUGAUAGAAAAAUUUAUUGA